AUGCCUUAUGAAGCUUUCUACGGGAUUCCGUAUGCAGAACCCCCUGUUGGGAAGUUGAGAUUUGAGAAUCCCGUUCCAUACAGAGGAUGGAAGGGAUACUGGGAUGCUACUUAUCCGAGAAGUGCCUGCAUCCAGAGAAAUAUUUUAAUCCAUACAAAACCCAUUUUGGGAUCUGAGGACUGCCUCUAUCUCAAUGUAUACCGUCCUAGCCAACUGAAGCAUGUAAAAAAUCUUCCAGUUAUGGUAUGGUUACAUGGUGGAUCCUUAGUUUCUUCUUCAUCUAGUCCUGAUGAAGUUGGUCCUGAAUAUUUUAUGGAUAACGGAGAAGUAAUCCUAGUAACGCUCAACUAUCGACUGGGAAUGUUUGGUUUUCUUUGCUCAGGAGAUGGAGCUGUAAAGGGAAAUUUUGGAUUAAAGGAUCAACAACUUGCUCUCAAGUGGAUAGCGGCAAAUAUACAUGACUUCGGUGGUGAUCCACAUUCGGUAACAUUAUUUGGAAAAGGAGCAGGAGCUUUAUCGACUCAUUUGCAUAUGAUGAAUCCCGUUUCGUCUAGUCUAUUUCAUCGUGUUAUUUUAAUGAGUGGAUCUGCUCUAUCCCACUGGGGAUUCUCAUAUGACUCGGCAUUGAGAUUUCGUUUAAGUGCUAAAUAUACGGGCUUAGAAGGGUGGGAUACUGCACCGUCGUAUCAAUUGAAACAUAAAUUAAAAAUGUUAGACCCCAUUAGUCUCGUCAAAGCUCUUGAUCUGCAUUUUACUCUUCCACUAACACCCCCAAUACCACUGCGUCCUUGCAUAGAAGGGGACUGGGAUGGGGCUUUUCUCAAAGAUGAUCCACGAAAAAUUUGGGCAGAAGGGAGAUAUACACCGAAACCCAUUUUAAUUGGAACAACAGUAGAUGAAGGAACUAUUGUUGCACCAUUAACAACCAACCAAACACGACUGGAUUUAUUUAAUGACAAUAUCUACAGCUUCCUUCCAAUUCAAUUGGAUUUAGAUCCAAAAAACAGCCCAUACACAUUCGUGCCAAUAACAACUGGAGUCGAUAUAAAUCUAGGUGUAAGUCAUCAUGAUGAUUUACUUUAUCUUUUUACUACGAGCGCGUUCUUUCCUAUAUUCAAUGCCAACACCCCUGAAGGAUUAAUGGCUGAUACUUAUGUUAAAACUUUCACACAUUUUGCUGCUCGAGGAGAAGUCAAAACGUAUUUGAAAGAUUAA